GCGAGUUUUGGCGAAGUCUAGUUCUGCCGUGUGUCAAAAUGGCAUGUCCUUUUAUGAACGAUCCAGUGGAUGAAGGAGCAGCAUUACUGCACAGAGAAUUAAAUAUUCGUCGCAUAGAUGUUCUUGCAUUUCCGGACAAUUAUCUUUUUGAGCGGUACCGUUUCACGUCACAGUCCAUAAUCUACAUCCACAACCUAAUCCGUCCUUACAUUUGCAACAUUACCAACCGCAGUCAUGCUCUCACAUCCCAGCAGAUAUUGUGUGUUGCACUGCGGUUCUUUGCAAAUAGAAUUUUUUAUAUAAUGUAGGCGAUGCAGAGCACUUCAGUAAGACAACUGUAUGCAGGAUGGUCAGAAAUGUGUGUCUGGCCCUGAAACGGCUUUUACCCAUCUUUGUGGUUUUCCCUGGACAUAAACCUGUCAGAGCCAUCAAGGAGGAGUUCCACAGGAUUGCAGGUCGGAUUCUGAGGACGAUCAAACAGCGUGUGCGUGAACUCCAGCUGCAGAAGAACAAGCAGCUUCUCCUGACGCUCAUGGCCAGCAGCCAGCAGCCUCUGCAACAUGUGACGGAGGCCUGGAUCCACCAACCUCUGGAUCACUUCAGCCGACAGGAUGUUAACACCUUCGCUCAGAGGUUCUUUGUGAACGAAGCUUACUGGCAACGUCCUGAUGGUCCAGUGUUUCUCUUCAUUGGAGGAGAAGGGCCCAUCUUUGAGUUUGAUGUUCUGGCAGGUCACCAUGUUGACAUGGCUGAAGAGCGCGGGGCUCUGCUAGUGGCUCUGGAGCACCGUUUCUAUGGCGACAGCAUCAACCCUGAUGGCCUCAAAACAGAGAACCUGGCAGACCUGAGCAGCCAGCAGGCGCUCACUGACUUGGCUGUAUUCCACCAGCACAUCAGCCAAAGCUUCAAUCUGAGUCACAGGAACACCUGGAUCAGCUUUGGAGGCUCGUACUCUGGAGCUCUGUCCGCCUGGUUCAGAGGAAAGUUUCCUAAUCUGGUGUAUGGAGCUGUGGCCUCCUCUGCUCCGGUCAAGGCGAAGCUGGACUUUUCUGCCUACAACAAUAUUGUUGGCUUGGGCCUGACGAAUGAGGCAAUUGGAGGUUCAGAGAAGUGUCUGGCUAAAGUGCGGGAAGCGUUUGCAGCAGUGGAAGCAGCCCUGGUGGGUGGAAACGUCAGCCAGGUGGCCAAAGACUUUGGCUGCUGUCAGAUCCCCAAAGAUCACUAUGACCAGGUUGAGCUGAUGCAAAACUUAGCCGACAUUGUGAUGGGAACGGUGCAGUACAAUGAAGAAGGGGUACUCAUGUCUAUUAAUGAGCUCUGUGGUGUUAUGACCAACGCCAGCGAGAAAUAUGAGGAGGAGAUGGAAGCCUACAACCGCCUCAUUAAACUUUCACAGAUCUACCGUUCCAGCAGUGAAGAGUCGGGUCUGGACAUCUCCCAUGAGAAAACAGUGAAGGAUCUGAUGGACACAUCUAUCCACUCUGGCAGGAGAGCAGAGAGACAGUGGAUUUACCAGACCUGCACUGAGUUUGGAUUUUAUGAAACUUGUGAAGAUGCCUCUUGUCCGUUCUCUGGGAUGGUGACCCUGCAGACUCAGACUAAGCUCUGCACCAUGGUGUUUGGUGUUUCCCAGCAUUCCCUGCCUGCACGCAUCGCCUUCACUAACAACUACUAUGGAGGAGACAACCCACACACACACAGGGUCCUUUAUGUCAACGGUGGAGUUGACCCAUGGAAGGAGCUGUCAGUGGUCCAGGACAGGACUGAGGAAGGAGAAGAAGCUCAGACAGUUUUCAUUAAGGACACCGCUCACUGUGCCGACAUGGCGAGCAGAAGGUUCACAGACCGCUGCUCACUCAGGAAAGCCAGACAGGAGAUUGAGAAACAUGUGGCCCGCUGGCUGGAGACAGCUGCCGGGGAGAAGAUGAAGAAAAUAACAGUGUGAUCACAUCACAUUAUAACCUGAUCAGCUCUUAUCGUCGUCCCCUGGAACUGAUAAGAAAUAGUUAAUAAUCUGGCCUCCCUCUCCGUUCUGCUUCGUCCUCCAUUUCCUCUCUCCGGUUCUCCGCCUCUUCACUCUCCAUCUAUAACAAUCUCAGAGGGCUGCAGCUGAUCUGUGUGUUUACGUGCUUUUAGUUUCAGCUUGAUUUAUUUAGAUUUCUGUUGUAGAUGUCCUUGCUGCCAUUAUUUUGGACUUAAUCCUCAAAUUUAUUGCUGAUUUGAAUGGAGAUUUCUAAGGAGGUUGUGACAGUUUCUGCUUACAUAUUUAUAAUAACAAUACCUUGGUAGCUCUUUCCUACUCAUUAAUUUUUGUGUGGUGCUGAUAAAAUAAAACAGUAUAGUUUGUUUUUAUAGGAUUCAUCAGUUGUUAUAACCUUGUGGAGUCACUAGGGUGUGAUAUUGCUACAUAGGCGGGAAACAUUUUUCUUAAAUCACUGCAUAUCAAAGUUCAGAGAGACCGAUCUGAUGUUUUCAAUGAAAUACAGUAAACUUGCUAAUCUGAAACAUUUA